AUGGACAACAACCCCAUUGUAUGUGACUAUGGCUCGGGAGUCAGCAAGGUGGGCUUUGGGGGAAUGGAGUCCCCCAUGGUGGUGUUCCCAACUGUCCUCGGGAAGCUACGGCAUGAUAAGGUGCUGGUAGGAAUGGACGAGAAAACCUGGUUCCUUGGGACAGAGGCUCAGAAUAACCGGAAGCAGCUCAAUCUGCAAAGUCCCCUGUGCCGGGCGGUCAUCACGGACUGGGACAGAACAACCAUUGAAUCUGGAGAAGGGAUGACCUACUUUGUGCCUGUCUUUGACGGCUGUCCUGUGCAUCAGUCGACCCUGCAGCUGGACAUUGCGGGCCAGGACCUAACGUUGUACUUCCUGCAGCUGCUGACAGAGAGUGACCAGGUCUGCGUUCAAGAUAUCAAAGAGAGGUGCUGCUAUGUAGCUUUGGACUUUGAAAAAGAGCUGGCCAAAGCCAGCUUGCCUUCCUUCAAGCAGACAUUCCAGCUACUGGAUGGUCAGGAGAUCGAGCUCGGGAAGGAGAGGUUCAUGUGCCCUGAGGCCCUCUUCAACCCAAGCCUCAUCGGGAAGAACACCCUAGGCAUCCACAUGGUGGCCUCCCAGAGUGUGGCCUCCUGCAAGCUGGACUUCUGGAAGACCCUCUACAGCAACAUCCUGCUGUCCGGUGGGACGGGCAGCUGCUUUGGCUUGCGCUUCCGGCUGCAGAAGGAAAUCAGCGACGUGGUUUCCCCGCUCUUAAAAGUGAAGGUGUCCUCCUGCCCAUACUCCAUCUACAGUUCUUGGGUUGGGGGCUCGAUCCUCUGCUCGCUCCCCACGUUCAAGGACAUGUGGAUCACAAGGGAUGAGUACAUGGGCACUGGCUCUUCCAUCAUCAGCAGAAGAAGCUUCUGA